AUGACCUCAUCGGCAAAGCGCCGGAAGCUGGUUGACUUUACAGAAGAGAGACCGAAAUCGGAGACGCCACGGCCAGUGACCCUGACGGCACUCGGACUUCAUGACGUACUACCACGGAAGCUCGUAUACCGAGACAGCCCGCCUCGCUUUCCAAGUCGCCCGGCAGAGCUGCCCAUCGAUCCUCCGGAGAACAUCUUAGCAGACGGUCUGCAGAAUGUCAACAGUCACCCACGGGACGAGCACCUCACCUUCACAGCGAGUGAUCAUGCUUACUUCUGGAGAGGGAAGCGGGUGGCAAGAUCCGCGACGCAACUGGUGCACGAGUUCACGAACGAGUUCUCCGAGAACCAAGUGAUCAGCUCCAUGCAGAGAAGCACCAACUGGCCACGCCCAGGCUACCUCAAAUCGGCUCUCUCCGAGCGCCAGAAAGCUGGGCUGGCGCAGCUGAAAGGCACGGGGCAGCUCCUACGAGCAUUCCAGCAGGAGGAGCAAGACGAACUUCAGAUCUGCAGGCUCGCCCACCGGCUGCGAGCAACCGCGCCGGAGGACGAUGCAGUCGCUGAGCUCGUGGCAGGGUUGGGGCUUUCGGAAAGCGAAAUUCGAGAGAAGUGGGCUCAAGCUCGAGAGGACGGCGUGAAAGAGGGCACAUGGAUGCACGCACAAUUCGAGCACCUACUAAACGGCGGAUCCCUCCCGAGCCGGACGGAAGAAGUAGCCCUGCUGGCACAAUUCCUACGCUCUCAGCCGGGUAUGACCGCAUAUCGCACAGAAUGGCGAAUAUACGCGGAGGAGGAGGACGUCGCUGGCAGUAUCGACUAUGUGGCCGAACGACCAGACGGCAGCAAAGUGAUAGUGGACUGGAAACGCACAAAAAGAACACGACUGAACAACGAGGCCUUCGGCAAGUUCAUGCGGAGACCACUGUGCAGCGUACCCGACUGCACCCUCUGGCAUUACCGCCUCCAGCUGAACGCAUACAGGUUCAUUCUCGAGAAGUACUACGGGCAAAUCGUCUCAUCCAUGUACAUAGUGGGCACCAAUCCCGACAACGGCGACCAUCCAUACGUCGACGAAGUGCCGCGAAUGCAGACAGCGAACUUGGAGCACCGGGCCAGUCCGCCUCUUACUUCGUGA